AUGAACCUUCUUUCUCUUGUCAAGUUUGUGGCGUACCUGGCUAUUGUCUACUCUGUGUUCAACGCGCUCUUUGUGCACUGGCUCCCACGCUUCUACGUCUUUGACAAGGAUGUCUUGAAGCAGCUUUCCCAGGACGUGCUCAACAACCACCCAGAGGGCAACAUCACCGCGAUAAUGACCGAUUUAGCGGUUAGCAUCAAGGCGGAAUAUGGUGACAUUAUCAAUGACCUCAACUUCGACGACUGGGUGUAUAACGUCGCAGGUGGUGCCAUGGGGACCAUGUUCAUCCUCCACGCCUCCAUCUCCGAAUAUUUGAUUUUCUUUGGCACUGCCGUUGGGACCGAAGGCCACACCGGUAUUCACUUUGCAGACGACUACUUUACCAUUCUUAAGGGUGAGCAGCGAGCAGCCGGCGCGGGUGCCUUGGAAACCGAAAUGUACUAUCCAGGUGACCAGCACCACUUGCAGAAAGGUGUUGCCAAGCAAUACGCAAUGCCACAGAAUUCCUGGGCCUUGGAAUUGGCGCAGGGUUGGAUUCCAGCCAUGCUUCCGUUCGGGUUCUUGGAUACCUGUUCGUCCACCUUGGAUUUCACUGCCUUUGGAAGAACCACCUACUUCACGGGCUUGGAUAUGGUGAAGAACUUACUCAGAGGAAAAUUCUAG